UUUGGGCACAUCUGGUCAGCCGGCACCGUAGCAUGAACGGCUCGCAGGCGGGCGCUGCGGCCCCCGCCGCCUGGCUGAGCUGCUGCAACCAGUCGGGGGUGCAGCCAGAGCCCCCCGAGGGGUCGCGCGCUGUGCAGGCGGCGGUACUGGGCGUGCUGUCGCUGCUCGUCCUCUGCGGGGUCCUGUUCCUCGGCGGUGGCCUCCUCCUGCGCGCCCAGGGCCUGACAGCGCUGCUGGCCCGCGAGCGGCGCGCAUCGCGCGAGGCCGAAUCCGGCGGCGCCAGCAGUGGUGACGAGGACUCCUAGGCGCCUGGCUGUGCUCGAGGGUUGCGAAGUCCAAGAGACCCUGGGACUCGGCGUCUGCCUGCGAGGGAGCUGCCCGGUGCCCGUGCGGCUGGGAACACGCCGGCGGGUGCUGCAGAGAGAAGGCUGCGGCCCUUUGCCGAGGCCCAGGGGCGCACAGAUUCCUGAGCCUUGCGUGGUCUGUCCUCCAGGGAGCACUCCCUCCAGCCUUCUCCAGCCUGGAACUCUGCUACGUUUGAUUCACGUGCGGUACAGAUGACUGACUCGGAGAAACCUGGUUUGUGGUGAGACCUCCAUUGGAGAUCCUUGCCCUCGGCUGCUGCCUCCGCUCUGCUCCACCCAACCUUCUGAAGGACUCUUGGGUGUGGGGCUCUGAGGUCAAUGCUUCAGGAAUGAAAACCCCUUGGUGACUGCUGAGGACCCUGGGCACUGAAGUGGCCACAUACCCUGUGGGUCAGUGUUACCUGUUUGGAGUUUUGGCGUGGUCCAGCAAUGCCGCAUCACUUCCUGUGGCUUAUUAUUAAAUAUGCUGGAGAAGCCGAUUUGGGGUAUGCCCUCUGUUUCCAGCUCCUGACUCUUGGCGUUAGUGGUAACCCCUUAUCUCCAGUUUGAACUGUUUCUGGCAGAUACUGAAAUAGCAGCCCCAGCCGGAGCCCCUUUCCCCAGGUCUCUCCGCUGUGGUGGCUAUUUCCUUUCCACUCUCAGAUCUAAAUCUAAGGGUGGUAGGAGGUGAGGCAAACGGUGACUCUCUGCUGCCUCCAUGUGGCCAGUGGAAGCAAGAACCCCAUUUCAUUCAACCCCAUAAACGGGUCUGGCGUUCAGCCCUAGCAGGUGCCUCAAAAUAAGAGUGGGUUUUGUGAGUGAAUUCUAGGUUGUAAACCUUCUUGAA